AUGAAUCUGAGGAAGACGUUCGCGAGGUCACGCCUCAAAGCCGCACUAUGGUUUGCAGUCGGCAAAAUGGUCGACGAACAGUCUCUGCGACGCAACAGGAAUGCCACACCGCAGUUUAUCGGCGCUCUGACGGAAAUGGUUUGGACUCAGAUCGAGAAUGUUGCCAUAGAUUUGGAGAGCUUCAGUCGCCAUGCAGGCCGCACCUCCAUCACCACUGACGAUGUUCUGCUCCUAGCUCGGCGGAAUGCAGACUUGAACGGCAUCAUUAAGGACUUCGUCGACGAGCAGAAGGCAGCCAAGGUCAGCAAGGGGAAAGGAAAGGCCAAGUGA